AUUUUUAAUUUACUUGUCUCCACUCAUUUUUAUAUACUACUACGUAUUAUCUCUGUGGAAGGGGGCAAGCCCCUAUAAAAUGCCUGUUGUCGUCACGGAAAUUAUAUGCAUACGAUGUUUCAUCUCCAUGUGUGCUGCCGUUAGCAAGUUUGAGGAGUAAAAGUGCCUGAGGCUAUUUGUUGUUGUGGUCGUCAUGGAAACGAUGUUACACACAGUGCGUACCAAGUUUCAUCUCCAUGCGUGGUACCGUUAGCGAGUUUGAGGAGUGAAGAAGUAACUGUGCCUGAGGCUUUGUUGUUGUGGUCGUCAUAGAAACGAUGUAAUACACAUGCGCACCAAGUUUCACCUCCAUGCAUGCUAUAGUUAGCGAGUUUGAGGAGUGAAGAAGUAAUAUUAAAGAAUAUUGCCUGAGGCUUUUUCACCCAAUAUGCGGUCGUCAUGGUGACAUGUAAUGAUAUAUAAGGCAUACAUACCAAGUUUCAUCUCUAUGUGUGCUACCAUUGGAAAGGUUGAGAAGUGAAGAAGUAAAUUUAAAGAAAAGUGCCUUAUGCUACUUAUUGUUGUUUACAAACAUGUGUUGUUGUGAUUUUAAAGUUGGUGAUUGAAUACAUUAUGUGUACAAAGUUUCGUUCACAUAGCUCUUACCAGCGGUUCUUUCUCACGAAAAACCAGGUACUCGGUCUUCUAGCAGGUAGCGGUGCAUGACUACGGAGACCUAGCUUGCUCUGGCUACAGCUCCAGCGCAAGCGCACACUAGCUGUAUGAAAAAGCGCGCAGCGACCCCGCCUACUCUUGCGUGACAGCUAGCCGGCAGAGCCGACAAGCGUCUCUCUUUCACUCUGUUAGCUUGCCUGCAGUUAGGGAUGCUGCGUCUCGAGCUAGCUACACUUUCUAUGCAGAGCUGAUUAGCGUCUUCUUGAAUUUUCUGUGUUGUGAGCCAUGUUUCUGCAUACGAUCACAGUGGAAUGUGCCUCGGGGAAGAUUCCUAUAUGUAGAAGUCCGCUGAUCAGUCAGCGGAAUACUAAGUGAAAUAGUAUUCCUCUGAUUGACCAAUCAGAUUUCAGAACUCACUAAAGCCUGGCUCUAAUUGUGAGUUAUACUGACACAUGUGAUCCCAUUAUAAUGUAUUGCCCGGGGCUAUUUGUUGUUGUUUACAAAGAAAUAAGUAUGACCAGUCUCUUCGGGUGACGGAUAUACAAGAUUUCAUUACUUUAUGUUGUUUCGUUUUUGAGUUACGCGAGUUCAAUCUGAAGAAGAAGAAGAAGGAGAAGAAGAAGAUGAACAAAACUCCCUAUCAUAACCCCAUACAUCUAUGAUGCUAGGUACCAUGUCAAUCCCUAUAUAUACUAAGUACUACCGUACUUAGUGAUAACCAGCGACCAGUGUGCGUAUUUGCCAUACCAAUUAGAAUGUUCUUGUCGUCACACUUGCCAGAGUCUCUUACAACACACUAUAUAGCAAAGAUCUGUUCCUGUUAGCUAUAUAGCUACGUUAAAGGGUGCAAAGGGGCUAAAUUUAGAAACGUUAUUAAGGAAAGAACAAAACAAUAGCGCCCAGUGCAAAAAUGCUAUAAUUUCCCGUCUUUAGCAACAUUUUAGCCCUUUUAUUUAACAUUUCAAUCCCCUCUGUGGCACGAGGUACCAAGUGUUAAAACAGAGUGUGUAGAUGUGAGUGAUCUGCCAGCAGUGGAAGCAGUGGUGAAGGGAGCAGGACCCAUCCACCUCCUGGUCAAUAAUGCCGGAGUCACUCAACUACUGAGUGUUCUGGACACCACUCCUGAUGCCUAUGAUAGAAUCAUGUCUGUGAAUCUCAAGGCACCAGUUUUCUUAUCUCAGUAUGUAGCUCGUGGAAUGGUGGAGAGGGGAGAUGGAGGAGCGAUAGUCAAUGUGUCUAGUGUGGCGUCCAGCGUUGCCCUCACUGACCAUCUCGCCUACUGCACUUCUAAAGCUGGUAUGGACAUGGCCACCAAAGUGAUGGCUCUUGAACUGGGUCCACACAAGAUCCGCGUGAAUGCGGUGAACCCUACAGUGGUAAUGACAGACAUGGGGAAGAUGGCCUGGUCUGAUCCAGUCAAGAGUAGCAAUGCCAUGACCCAGAUCCCUCUCGGCAGAUUUGCUGGUAUAUAUACUGACCCUACACUGAGUGUCCAUUUGGCAUUUGGCAGAAGGCUGCCUGGGAAAGAGGCAUUGGUUACGGCACUUUGUGUAGGAAGGUUAUGUUUUCUAGUUUUAUCUCACUCGCUUCCAUUAAACUAUUACUUGACACCAUAAUUCAAUUUUACCAUGGUAAAAAUCCAUAUUGCAUCCUACAAUGAUCUGUCUUUCAGAAGAGGCUGAUGUUGUGAAUGCCAUUGUGUUCCUGCUGAGUGACCAGAGCUCCAUGUUGAGUGGAGUUACCCUCCCUGUGGAUGGUGGACGACUUGUCCACUGAGCCAUCCAUUAUAUAAUUAUAGCUACCACUCUUGUAGUUUGUUAAGAAAAUCAUGUGAAUUGUUAAAGUGACAAUCAUGGGUGGUGCAGGAAGUAGUUUCAUGGCACGAUAUUAAAUGUCUUUCGUAAUGGGCAAUGCUAGUACCUUGUAUUCGUAAUUAAUGCAUAGACGACAUGUGGCAAGGGUGAAAGGUUAUGGCAUGACCUAACUAUUCCAGUGGAAUAAAAGUAGCAGGCAAUUGUAAAUCCCUUUUUUAUUUAGUAUUUGGUGAUUUUAACCCUCAAUGUGUAUGUGCCAUACUUGGUCUGACUGUGUGCGUGUUAGUCUCUCACAGGCCAGACCCAUACGAUGGCCUCUGAGUGGCACCAUGCUACAAAACCAGAGUAGCUGGGGCUGCUACACGCUGGAGGCCUAGUUUUGUAGCUAUCUUCAGCAUAGCUACGGGAAAUUUCCUAUUUUAUUACUGAGAGGAG